AUGUCAUUGGACGCGACUCUCUAUAAUAUCAAUGAGACGUUGCAACAAGUCGCGAGCCUGUUGAAAGCCGUAGAAGUCGCCGUUUUCAUUCUAGCGAUCACACUUGGUAUUGCGCUUGUUGGUUGUACCGCGGGAUUCUUCUAUGGAAAGUACAACCAACGCAAUCAGUACAAAGAGUUGAGCACUGAAAAUAAUAGUCCGAAUACUACGAUCACAAGAAUUCAGUCGCCGAUGAAGAGUCAGAGAGUAUAA